GCGUCUUCAGUCAGCGUCAAACGCAUGCAAACAUCACAUUUCUUCGUGUUUCUGUGGUUUUAUCGUAGUUAUUUUUGCAAUAUGCGCAAUCGAAAACUUUGCUAGACAUGGAAUACAUUCAUACGGGUGUGCCGUGAAUCUUAUUUUUUUUGCAAAUAACGGGUGUUUUAUUGCGGAUGCCUCAGCUCAGUUGGGCUUGUUUCCAUAGAAACGGUACUGCUAACGGAUGACUAUACAGCCCUGUGUUUUAUGAAACGUCCGAUUAUGAAAGAUUUCUAAUGUUAUGGAAGCGACGUAGCUCAUCUGUUUGGACAUGAUGUGAAAUUAUAGCAGGAGAUCCCCCGUAGAAAAAAGCUGAUCACACCCCUGAGAAGCGAUGUCUCAGUUCUCCAGCGAGGAUGAGGCAGAGCUCCAGAGCCUGCUCCGAGAGCUCCUGAAAGGUGUCAAAGACAGAAUCUCAGGAGCACCAUCAGUAGAAUGUGCUGAAGAGAUUUUGCUUCAUUUGGAGGAAACUGACAAGAACUUUCACAACUAUGAGUUUGUGAAGUAUCUGCGAGAGUAUGUAGAGAGCAGUUUGGGAGCGGUUAUUGAAGAAGAGACUGAGAAUUUUACCAGGGGUGACGGUCAUGCUGUUGGGUCCGGGCAGGACACUGUGGUUCACGCUGUUACGAAGAGGACUAGGGAGUCCACACAGUAUAAACAGAUGAUGCAGACUCUGAAACAGACCAUGAUGGUGGUUGUGGAAUCUCUGAUCAAUAAAUUUGAGGAAGAUCAGCUGAAGAAAGAGGAAAUGGACAGGAAGAGCCAACAUGAGCAGUCAAGCAGCCAUUACACUGACAACUGUUCUGACAGUGACUCUUCAUUCAAUCAGAGCUAUGCAUUCAUCAAGCAUGAACAACUACAAGUCAUCUCUGAGAAGCUUGACCCCGGUAGACCACGAGAGCUUCGCUUGGAAGCUUUGCAGUCGCUGUGCUAUGCCCCUCCCUCUGAUGUCCUGAGCUGUGAAAGCUGGACUGGUCUGCGCCGAAACCUCUCUGCUGCGCUCACUGACCCUGACCCUGAGCUCAGCGAUAAAGUCCUUCAAUUUUUUGCAAAAACAUUUUCAUCUUCUCCGUUAAAUGUGACUAAGGAUGUCUACAGUAGCAUAGCAAAAAGCUUGGAGGCUCAUUUCCUCUACCAUAAGUUGAGUUUUCCCAGCGGCUCUACAAGUAUUGAUGCGAACAGACCAGAUAUGGCCCGUCUCCUCAAACAAAUGCGAUUAAUGAAUGACUUUCAGAAGGAAGUGACAACAUUUUGGAUACGACAUCCUGAGAAGUACAUGGAGGAAAUCAUUGAGAACACCCUUUCUUUUCUCGCUCUGCAUUCUGAACAGGCCAUGAGUAGUCCCGGCUCAGAGAAAUCCCUGGAGCCUGUACACUUAAUCUCUCUGCUGGAUAUCAAAGCCACCUGGUUUAAGAAAUGGAUGCAUGGCUACUACAGCAGAACCGUUGUCUUAAGACUUCUUGAGAGGAAAUACAAGUCUUUGAUUGUUAAUGCUCUGCAGCAGUGCAUUUAUUACUUUGAUUCCUGUGAUUCAGUUAGAGAAGAACCUUUGGAAAUUAUCCACAGCCUGGAACAUCAGCAGAUUGGCCCUGCUCGAAGAACUCUCUACACUUCUAAAGAGCUGGAGUUUGUUUAUUUUGUUCACUCGCUGUGCGUGCUUGGGAGGCUUGUGAUGUACACUAAUGGAAGGAAACUUUUUCCCAUUAAAGUGAAGAAGCGGAGAGAUCCGGUAACUUUGACCGACUUGGUUGUGAUUCUGAUCAGUAUCAUGUACCAACACCCAAAACCAUCCUGCGGUGAGACGACACAUGCAGACUCCCUGUCCCCCACUAAUCUUGUGAUGGAGGUGUUAAGGACCCUGUGUGACCGCACUGAGUGUGCUAUGGAGUGUCUCUACCAAAUCCCAGUUAUAGAAACUCUGCUGGCUCCUGUUAUCACCCUGCUCAAAGGAAAGCUGCCCAAAUUAAAUUCCCUAGAAAGUGGCUUGACUCACAUAGCAGACAUGCUGGCGAGGAUCGCUACCACUGAACGAGGUUUAUCACUCCUGCUUUAUGACAGAAAUCUUGUCUCGGCCGAGGGUGAAAAUAUUUCAGCUGCACAUGUAGUUGUGCAGUUUACCCAGAGGCUGUUGGCAAAAGAGCUGCAUGUGUUCAGCGAGCUGGAGAUUCCUCUCGCCGUGAGCGGGGCCUUCAUCUUUGUCUGUCGACAGAUGUACAACACCUGCGAGGGGCUGCAAGUUCUUCGGCCAUACAGCCUACAUGAGUGCAUUGCUAAAGCCUGGAGAAAGACAAGCUCAAUGUCGGAGAGAGUUCCCACUCCUGUUCCUGGAGCUCCCCCAGCGAUCACUUCCCAGGAGCUGCAGAGCGUGGUGGCCUGGGAAGAGAUGCUCUUGGACAAUCUGCUGAAUUUUGCUGCCACACCAAAAGGACUGCUGCUCCUCCAACAGACUGGAGCCAUCAAUGAGUGUGUCACCUACAUGUUCUCAAGAUUCACCAAAAAACUACAGGUCAGCAGGUGUGAGAAGUUUGGUUAUGGUGUGAUGGUGACCCAAGUGGCCUCUACAGCCCCAGGCAUCGUGGCUUUGCAAAGCUCAGGAUUUGUCCAGACAAUUGUGGUGGAGUUGUGGUCAGCCUUGGAGUGUGGUCGAGAGGAUGUAAGGGUGGUCCAUCCUAAAUCUACUCCAAUGGACCCUAUCGACAGGAGCUGUCUUAAGUCCUUCCUGUCUCUAGUGAAUCUGCUUUCUUCACCCUACGCUGUGUGGGAGCUGCUGGGACAUCGAGCACUUCCUAACAAGAUGGAAUACAAUCUGAGAGAGAUGGCCACAUCAGUUUUAGACCUGAUGGACCGCCUCAUCAUUAUUAACUCUGACACAAAGAUUCACUCCCUUUUCAACUAUGAGCAGUCCCACACGUUUGGCCUGAGGCUCUUGAGCUUGCUGUGCUGUAACCUGGAUUAUUUUCUUCUGCUGGAGUCUCAGUAUAAUCUCUCUGAGUUACUGCUGCAGGGUCAGAGGGACAAUGUCACAGAGCCGCCCUCAGGUGAAGGUGAAUUCAUCAUCGAUGGACUGUCUGUGGAAAGAAACCAUGUUCUAGUUCGAAUCGGUUCAGUUGGUGGUCCAUCUGAGAGAAGACUUCCUCCCAGAGCCCUGCAGAAAGGGAAUGACCCUUACCCAUGGCCAAUAGUGUCCACAUACCCUCUGCCUAAGUAUUAUAUCCUCGACGUGCCCAAGACUCUCCGCACUAAACAGGAGUCAGAGAUCAGUGCUUUCUUGGCAUCAUCUAAGGAAACAGAGAGAGAUGCUAGCUGGAUGGAUGACUGCAGAAGACAGUUCUGCAAGAUCAUGGCUACAAACACUCUCACUGGAUAUGUACUUGCUGAUCUUUUGGAGAGGGUCGUGCUGCAUCUCUCAUCUUCAUCCACUGACUGCUUCUUUCCACCGGCAGAAUAUAAAGUGGUGGACCACAGUGUAAAGACUCGAAGCCUGUCAUCUGUGGAGCAGUUAGGUGUGGGGAUAUCCCUCAGGUAUGGCAAGUUCCUGAAGCUAUUGAGAGAAGAUUCAGAGCAGGAUCUGUGUCUUUUGCUCAAGCACUGCCAGGAGUUCCUCUCUCAACAACGAGUCAGUGUCACUUCUGAGCUGUCCUGUUUUCAGGAUGGUUAUCCUGGUCAUGAUUGGUUUGCCUCCACAGUUUUUCUGCUCAUGCAUGGCGACGUGGGUCGUUCUCUGAGUCUGCUCUUACGUUUCUCCCGUCUGUUACCGUCUGCCUUCCUGUGGCCCCCGAGACUGCACAGCUCUGUACAUCUCCCUAUAGAGAUCGCUCAGUCAGGCAUUCAUCCAAUCUACUCCUGCACCGCUCAUUACGUCGAGAUGUUGCUCAAGGCCGAGGUUCCUCUGGUUUUUUCUGCCUUCAGGAUGUCUGGCUUCACUCCCUCUCAGAUCUGUAUUCAGUGGCUUGGCCAGUGCUUCUGGAACUACCUGGACUGGCCUGAGGUCUGUCACUAUGUAGCCAUAUGUGUUAUCAUGGGACCAGAUUACCAGGUGUACAUGUGCAUCUCUGCCCUCCGUCACCUGCAGCAGGAUAUCUUGCAGCACACACAGACACAGGACCUACAGGUCUUUCUUAAGGAGGAACCAAUCCACGGCUUCAGGGUGAGUAAUUACCUGGAGUACAUGGAGGGGCUGGAGUGCAACUACAGAUCCAUGGUGCUCUCGGACAUGAGGAGCAUCUUACCAAGGAGCAGCUAGAAGGAAACAGACCACCGAAGAUCAGCAGGGACUGAAAGUGCUUGUGGUACAGAAUGAGACUGAAAAUGUUUCAUGGAUUUAAAGCUGUUUUUAUAACACAGCAUGCUAGACACUAUGUGACUAUACCCCAUUUGCUUUCAUUCUCUUUGAUUUUUUUGGAUUCUAAUACUAUAGUAUUCUCACUCAGGGAAUCAUAAAUAUAAGAACACAAACUCUUCAAAGCCAUAUUCUAACUCAGUGGUAUAUAUAAAGCAUAGUAAAUAAGUAACUGUAGUCAAUUGGUUAAAGUGAUGUGCUAAAAAGAUGAUAAAGCAAACCUUUCUACAUAAGCAUUAUCAAACUUCCCUCACCAAAAAAAAUGUACACAGAAUUCUAGAAUACUUUAUUCUGCUUUUAAUUGCAGCAUUCAGCAUUUUAUGUAAAAUGAUAUUUGAGCAUUGCAUAUAUGUGUGUGUGUGUGUGUGUAACAUGUAAACAACAUUAUGAAUUGUUGGAUUUUUGUAUAUACAGAUAAAUGUGAUGUCACAUUUUAUAUCACAUUUAUCUUUUCUAGUCUGUUUUUGCUUUUAGCCUUUUGUGGCUAAAGUACAGUUUUCCUUUCCUAGAUUAAUUCCAGGAUUCAUGAAGUAUUCAACUAAUUUUAUAUUAUUCUUUUCCUCCUACAAAGUUCUGACAGUAUACUCGCGUCACUUCAGUAUUGCUUGUCAGUAAUGAUGUUGGAAUAUGACACGAUUGUGUCAGCGCUGUUAAUCACUGCAAAAGGUUUAAUAUGUACUGUAUAAUUGUACAGUCUGAAAUAAGACCGCUAAUGUCAAAAAAAAGUUGUUUUUUUUUUACUCACUGGGCUCAUAUUGUACAGUCUGACAAGCAACAUUCGUAAAGAUAAACACAGUUAUCUUUGUUUUGUGAAUUUUCACGGGCAAAAUCCAGUAAUUUCAAUAGGAAUCCAUGUGCUUUGUGUGCAGGCGAUAGAUUUGCUCAUGCAGAUUUUGCUACGGGUUCAAGUUGGUUACACGAGUUUGUUGACCAACGGAAAGCUGCUUGGUUUAAAAGUGACUUCUGUAUAAGCUGUGCUUCAAACAUCGAUUCUCAGCACUGUUGACAAUAGACAAUGGUCCUUUUUUGCCCAAAAUUUCUAUAAUGCUGGCCCCAUAUGUAGGUUCAUAAGUCAUUUUGCAGUCUCAGUCUGUUAUAUGACAUCAGUAAGUAUGGAAAAUUCAAAGCUUUUGAUUGCUGUCUUAAUGGGCAAUCAAACAUGAAGUAUGUGGGAUCUAGCAUGUCAACACUUGAAUAUACAAUGACUCACAUGCUGUUGACGCAGUCUUGUUGUGUAGUGCAUGUUGGAUUUUUUUUCUAAAGGCAUAUAUUAACAUCUGCAGUCUCUUAUUCCCAUCCUAAGGAAGCUGUAUAGAGAGGCGUUAUCACAUUGACAGGCCGUCAUUAGCACAUAGAUGCAAUCUCUCACCCUCGCCAUCUGUAACUCACACAGUGAAUAAUGAAUUAGAUCAUUAGAGAGGUGUCUUUCUCCUUCACAACAACUGCUAAAUAUUGCAUACUGUUUACUCAGUAGGAGGCAGAAGCAGUUAUAAUUUAAGCUGUAAAAAGUUCCCUCAGAGUGAAUAUAUUUUUACUUACUUUCUCCAUUGCAUUUAAAAAAAUAAAAAUUGUCACCCAUAAACGUCUGUAUAUGCUUAUACUCAGAUAAAAAUGCUGCAUUAAAAUCAGUUGUGUGUGAUCAGUUAAUUUUAUCUUUGUGUAAUCAUAACGAGCUGUACACAUUAAUCAGGUUAAUGAUUUAAUGACUGAUUGUUGGCCAACAGUCAUCUGGAAAGCCAAUCUUGUGUUGGCUCAUUGUAAAUUGACAAUACAAGGCUUUUGUGGCAUGGAUGUUGAUGAUGUAUCUGCAGACCAAAAUGGUAGGAUAAUUAGAAAAUGAUAAUUAUGGGUAAUUAAACUGAUUAACUGAUAAUUAAGACAUAUCUGUCUCUGUGUUAGGCUUGAGGAGUUGCAUUAGCUUGAUUUUCUCUGGGUAAAUAUGCUUUAUUAUUCUCCUCCACAUUAAUUAUCCCUGUUAUGACUGCCAAAUUCCACUUCAAGAAUCUGCUUGAUGAAUGGGCGUAUGUCAUUUGAAAGUGAGCAUCACUGUCCCUUUUCUCACUCUGAGAAGCACUUGAAAUUAGUUAUCUGAAGUGUGUAGGGCAUCAAGGGCCGUUCACACCAAAGAUCAACAGUAAAGUUUUAAUAACUGUUUAAAUUCUAUAAGAAUAGUGAAGUCCACACCACAGAUAAUGACACUGAAGAACUAUAUCAUUGGAAUCAAUUUCAAAACAUUUUUUUUUUUUUUCCAGCUGAUGAA